AGAGAGAAGCGUCAUAAGGAUUAAUGACUAAUCCGUCAUCCUUUUCUACUUGAAUAAAAUGAAGUAAAGAGGAAGAGAGUUGAUCGUCUUUCUACUCACGAGAUCUCACUGUACCAACCAAGAUCGCUGUUUACAACCAAUGCCUAAUGCCACUCUUAUUGUACGGUUGCGAGUAGGUGAAUAAAUAUGCUCCAGUUAGUUCUGAAUGCAGCAGCAAGAGUCUUUACUAGAACCAGAAGUAUUUACCCUCCAUCAGCAUGGAUUAUGGAGAAACCCUGCAUAUUAACUACCAUGUUUGGACCGCAGAAUGUCUAUGAGGAUUUUAAACCGUGCAUUGAGAAGCAUUUCACAAUAAUCAAAUAUGAGGAUUUCGUUGAAAGAAAGGAACAUCUCGCCGGAAAAAUCCGAGCCAUCUUUCUGUUUGGUACAGACUUAGAGGUCAAUAUGGAACUUUUACAAGCAUUACCCAACCUUCAGGCUGUUGUGAAUGGUGGUGUAGGAGUGGACCACCUGGACAUACCACUAAUCAAGAGUUUUGGAAUGAAGGUGUGCAAUACUCCCCACGUAGUUGACAAUGCCACAGCAGACCUUGGGAUAGCACUGAUGUUGGCAUCAUCAAGGAGAAUUAUUGAAGGACAUAACUUUUCCAAAUACCAUGAAUUAGAAUACAUGCCAAAGUGUUUUGGCAAUGAUGUCAGUGGUGCCACCUUGGGUAUCAUUGGUAUGGGAAGAAUUGGAUAUAAAGUUGCCAAAAGGGCUCAAGGUUUUGAUAUGCGAAUCCUCUAUCACAACAGGAAUCAAAGGACAGUGGAAGAUGAGAGGGCUGUGGGUGCUGUGUACUGUGAAAAAAUGGAGGAACUGCUGCAGAAGUCUGAUUUUGUAAUCAUUGUUGUCAGUCUGACUCCUCAGACACACAAGCUGAUUGGUGCGAAAGAACUCGCCAUGAUGAAGCCCAGCAGUACCCUCAUUAACAUCAGCAGAGGUUUGGUUGUUGACCAAGAUGCUUUGGUUGAUGCUCUCAAAAAGAAAGUCAUAAGAGCUGCUGCUUUGGAUGUCACAUACCCUGAGCCUCUUCCAAACUUUGUUUAUAAUGUUCAUUGUUACAGAAAUCACCCUUUACUGUCAUUUCCGAAUGUAAUUGUCCUGCCACACAUGGGAACAGAUACUGUGGAGACCAUUCAGGCCAUGCUGGAGAAAAUGGUGGUCAAUACCCUGGCAGUUCUGAAUGGGGAACAACCUCCAGAUGAAGUGCAUGUGUAGAUCAAGCCUACCUGUGUCAAAGCCCUCACUUUUAAUGCCAGCUUUAGAGCUACUUAAUUAAUGAGUAUUUCAUAUACAGUAAGCAGGACCAGUAGCAAGCACUGCAGAAGUCUGUUGUAAGUUUUUCAUCAUAUUUUUCUGUCAAAGGAAUAAUAUUGUACUGUAAAACUGUGACAGGUUUAACUAUAAAAGGGAUCUGAUUUUAUCAUAAUUGUGCAAAAAUCUGAAAACAGAUGCUUAAAAAUUUAAGAGUCCAUUUUUUUUUUGUCUAUCGCAAAUGAGUCACUGUUGACAUAGAUUAAAUGCUAAUAAAAUGUUCAAUAAAAGGAUAAAGCAUUGAUCAAACAUAAGCUCAGCUUUUCUGCUCCUUGAAUAGUAUAUGCAGAUUUAGGCAUUUUGCUGUUGGUGUAAGAGCACAAAUUGUCAGAGUAAAUUAUCUUGAUUAUGUAUAAUCCCUGUAUUUGGAAUGAAAAACACUGUAUCUACAUGAUCAGCCUGUGGACCACCACGGCCUUAAAUGUCUGAAGUGCCAGAUACUACCGAACACUGCAUCCUUCAUGUUGUGAACCACUGGUGCAGACAGGUUCUUUGUCGGUGUACUGGUGAUUGUCAAUGUGAAUAACAUUGCUGAUGAUUGACCAUAAACAGGCAUUCUAACAA